ACUGCACCAUUUCUGACCAAGUCCUGAGUCGAGAAAUUGAAGCAUCAUGCCCCCAAAAACGACAGGAAAGGCUGCCAAGAAGGCCGGCAAGGCCCGCCGUGCAGGUGGAGCCAAGAGGAGGAGGAGAAGGAGGGAGUCCUUCGGUAUCUACAUCUACAAGGUGCUCAAGCAGGUGCACCCCGAUACCGGUGUCUCCAGCAAGGCCAUGGGCAUCAUGAACUCCUUCGUCAACGACAUCUUCGAGCGUAUCGCUGGCGAGGCUUCCCGCCUGGCUCACUACAACAAGCGCUCCACCAUCAGCAGCCGGGAGAUCCAGACCGCCGUGCGUCUGCUCCUGCCUGGUGAGCUGGCCAAGCACGCCGUCAGCGAGGGCACCAAGGCCGUCACCAAGUACACCAGCUCCAAGUAAAUCGACGUGAACCAGCAAAACCACCGGCCCUUUUCAGGGCCAUCACAUCCACAAAAAG